CCGGGCUCACUUCCAACUAUCACCUUCUAAACACAGCCAUCGAGCUACAGCAGUUCAAGAACAACCCACCACAUCAUCAGAGGCACACAGGCGAAACUUCACAACAUCGUCAAGGGUUGUUCAACACACUGGCUUAGCCACCAGUGAUUCCACCUCUGCACGAGUCGCGUAAUCAGCAGCAUCAGGACAGCGCUACAGGAGCUGCCGACAAGAGGGAACCACGCGACGAUGAGCGGAUCGGCACACGCCCGGGAUGUCGAGAUCGGUCCGAUCUGGAACCAUGGCGACGCCAAUACAAAAGCUAAGGCGUACAUCGACAAGCAUCCGUGGUUGAAAUGGACUGGACACUGGUCCACCACUGUCCCUGGCGUUAUGUCCACCAUCAACGUUCGUAACCUCACAUCACUUGAGGGUUUCGUACGGGGGGAACACCGCAAUGUUGACAUGGGUCCCAUCUGGAACCAGCAGGAUGCAGUGAACAAAGCCCGGGCCUUCAUCGAGGAGUACCCGUUCCUGGAAUGGACCGGACACUGGAACACGACGGAGAUCGGAAAGAUGUCUCACAUCGUAGUUCGCCUGGAGGAGCGUGGCCAGGAGCUGCCGACAAGAGGGAACCACGCGACGAUGAGCGGAUCGGCACACGCCCGGGAUGUCGAGAUCGGUCCGAUCUGGAACCAUGGCGACGCCAAUACAAAAGCUAAGGCGUACAUCGACAAGCAUCCGUGGUUGAAAUGGACUGGACACUGGUCCACCACUGUCCCUGGCGUUAUGUCCACCAUCAACGUUCGUAACCUCACAUCACUUGAGGGUUUCGUACGGGGGGAACACCGCAAUGUUGACAUGGGUCCCAUCUGGAACCAGCAGGAUGCAGUGAACAAAGCCCGGGCCUUCAUCGAGGAGUACCCGUUCCUGGAAUGGACCGGACACUGGAACACGACGGAGAUCGGAAAGAUGUCUCACAUCGUAGUUCGCCUGGAGGAGCGUGGCCAGGAGCUGCCGACAAGAGGGAACCACGCGACGAUGAGCGGAUCGGCACACGCCCGGGAUGUCGAGAUCGGUCCGAUCUGGAACCAUGGCGACGCCAAUACAAAAGCUAAGGCGUACAUCGACAAGCAUCCGUGGUUGAAAUGGACUGGACACUGGUCCACCACUGUCCCUGGCGUUAUGUCCACCAUCAACGUUCGUAACCUCACAUCACUUGAGGGUUUCGUACGGGGGGAACACCGCAAUGUUGACAUGGGUCCCAUCUGGAACCAGCAGGAUGCAGUGAACAAAGCCCGGGCCUUCAUCGAGGAGUACCCGUUCCUGGAAUGGACCGGACACUGGAACACGACGGAGAUCGGAAAGAUGUCUCACAUCGUAGUUCGCCUGGAGGAGCGUGGCCAGGUGUGUGAGGGCUCCAGGGUAGCGUCCGAAUAG